ACUGUCCCAAUAACCAUAACUGAACAAGAAGAUCUAUCUAUCUGCUUCUGGUCCGCGCAUAAAUCAUCAGAACAAGCGGCAUCCCCACGUCCCCUCUUCACCACAUGAAAGCAACCGACAAUAAAAAACUAAACAACAAAGACUGUGACGUUGAAAAACAGCCAACAGCAGCCGAGAACGAGCUACAACCCACCGGAGUUUCCCAACCAGCAAGAGGGCAAAAGCGGGAGUGCUCUGCCCAAGAAAAAGUCUUUGCCCGACGAGCAACCAUAGCGGUGGGAUUGGCCGUCUUGGGGUUGGUCCUCUUGGUUUUGGGUACUUGGGCAAUCGCCACAGCAGUUGAUUUCGCUGGUAGACACGAUGAAGUCCUUACGGGCAAGCCCAUCAGCGCCAGUGAGGUUCUUGCGACAAGGUACAAGUGCUCCUACACCAUCCAAUACGAGUUUGAAGUGGAUGGGCGGAGAUACUAUGGCAGCCAGCAAAUUGAGGUGGGGGGUGGCGAGAAAGCAUGCCCCAGCAAAGCACGAUCCCAACAAAGUAGCUGGCUCGACAUGACAAACUUCAAGAUCUACUUUGAUCCCGAAGACCCCAAUGACAACUACUUCAAGCUUCCUCUGAUCUUUGGUGAGAGCACCGGGUUGGUGGGGGUCAUCUUGUGUGCAGUGGCUUUGGUCGUUAUUGCAGUGCUCUGUUUCUGCUUGUACAAGUGGACGGAAAUUGUUGAUUAA